CAUAUAAAAGAAAAAAAAAGGUGAGUUUUCAGUGUGUUGGUACUGAUCUGUGCGAGUUCCACAACCAGUCCCACACAUCCCUGACAGUUUGUCCACGUUUUUAUAAACCCAAAGUGCAGGACAAAAUAACUCACCAUGCCUCCGAAAAAGUCGAUGGAGGAGACGGAUAAAUUGACAAGAAUUGCAAUCGUCAAUUCCGACAAAUGUAAACCAAAACGAUGCAGACAAGAGUGCAAAAAAUCUUGUCCAGUAGUGCGUAUGGGUAAGCUUUGCAUAGAAGUUACUCCAAACACCAAAAUUGCAUCAAUUUCUGAAGAGCUCUGUAUCGGAUGCGGUAUUUGCGUUAAGAAAUGCCCAUUUGAAGCAAUAUCCAUCAUCAACCUACCAAGCAACCUAGAGAAAGAAACAACGCACAGAUACUCCAAAAAUUCCUUCAAGUUGCACAGACUCCCCAUCCCUCGCCCCGGCGAAGUUCUCGGCCUAGUCGGCACGAACGGAAUAGGAAAAUCCACGGCGUUAAAAAUCCUAGCCGGCAAACAGAAGCCGAAUUUAGGACGAUUCACCGACCCACCAGACUGGUCGGAGAUCCUGAGUUACUUUCGGGGCAGCGAGCUUCAGAAUUACUUCACGAAGAUCCUCGAAGACGACCUGAAGGCUUUAAUAAAGCCCCAGUACGUCGACCAGAUUCCCAAAGCAGUAAAAGGAACAGUCCAGCAUCUGCUGGACAAAAAGGACGAGUGUGGCAAGCAAGAAGAGAUCUGCGAGAUGUUAGACUUGUUACACAUUCGCGACCGGGGUAUCGAGGCUCUGUCCGGAGGAGAGCUUCAGAGGUUCGCUUGCGCAAUGGUCUGCAUACAGAACGGCGAUAUAUUUAUGUUCGACGAGCCGUCGUCUUAUCUUGAUGUUAAGCAACGUCUCAACGCUGCUGUGACCAUCAGGUCGCUUAUCAGUCCAGAUAAAUUUAUUAUUGUAGUAGAACAUGACUUGUCCGUGCUGGAUUAUCUUUCUGAUUUCAUUUGUUGCCUCUAUGGAGUCCCAGGAGCUUAUGGGGUCGUCACUAUGCCCUUCAGUGUUAGAGAAGGCAUCAAUAUUUUCCUUGAUGGCUUUGUACCUACGGAAAAUUUGCGGUUCCGUGAAGAGUCGCUUGUUUUUAAAGUCGCUGAGAGCGCAAAUGAGGAAGAAAUAAAACGGAUGAAUCAUUACGAGUACCCAGCGAUGAAAAAAACUAUGGGGUCUUUUGAAUUGCACGUUGAGAAAGGUCAGUUUACUGACUCGGAAAUUUUAGUCCUCCUUGGAGAAAAUGGCACCGGAAAAACGACAUUCAUAAGAAUGUUAGCUGGCAAUCUGCCACCUGAUAAUGGCUCUGGUAAUAUUCCCAUACUACAUAUCAGCUACAAGCCCCAGAAAAUAAGUCCCAAGUCUCAAGGAAUUGUUAGACAGCUGCUGCACGAAAAGAUUCGGGAUGCGUAUAUUCACCCGCAGUUUAUCACUGAUGUGAUGAAGCCGCUUAAAAUUGAUGAUGUCAUGGACCAAGAGGUCCAAAAUUUGUCCGGUGGAGAAUUGCAGCGGGUCGCUCUGGCACUUUGCUUGGGUAAACCGGCUGAUGUCUACUUGAUUGAUGAACCCUCUGCUUACUUGGAUUCGGAACAACGUUUGGUUGCCGCUAAGGUUAUCAAGCGGUUUAUUUUACAUUCCAAGAAAACUGGGUUUGUGGUAGAGCACGAUUUCAUUAUGGCGACUUAUUUGGCCGAUAGGGUUAUUGUCUUUUCGGGGGUGCCUUCGAUGAAUACUACUGCUCACUGCCCGCAGUCGCUGCUCAAUGGGAUGAAUAAGUUCCUGGAGUUGCUGGGGAUUACUUUCAGGAGGGAUCCUAAUAAUUUCAGGCCGAGGAUCAAUAAGAAUCAAUCUGUGAAAGACGUUGAACAGAAAAGAGCAGGGCAAUAUUUCUUCUUAGAGGAAUAAGUAUAAAUUAUAAUUAUUAUAAUAA